AUGUUUUCACAUAUUGUUGCAACUAUGUCUAUCAUUUUUAUAACACUCGCAUUUGCUGCAAAUCAAGUUUGUGAAGAUAUGUACAAUCAGUGCGAAAGCACAAUUUGCACUGAUCCAAUGGCAAAAGAAAUUUGCGCUAAAACUUGCGGAUUUUGUGAAAUGACAACUUCUACGGCUGUAACACCUGUUUGUGAUGACGCAUACAAUCAAUGUGACAGUACAAUUUGCACUAUGCCAAUAGCUAGUGAAAUUUGCGCCAAAACAUGUGGAUUUUGCGGAGUAGCGCCUUCUACAGCAGUAACACCUGUUUGUGAUGACUUAUUCGAUCAAUGCGAUCAUACAGUUUGCACAAUUCCAAUGUCAAAAGAAAUUUGCGCCAGAACAUGUGGUUUUUGCGGAACAACACCUCUUGUGACAGUAACACCUGCUUGUGAGGAUUUAUAUAACCAAUGUGAAAGUGCAAUUUGCACUACUCCAAUAGCUAAUGAUAUUUGCGCCAGAACAUGUGGUUUUUGCGGAACAACACCAUCUACUGCAUCUACUAUUCCCGUCUGUGAGGACAAAUAUAGUAAAUGCAAAAGUAAUAUGAACUGUACAAAUGCAUUAGCUAAAGAACUAUGCGCUAAAACAUGCGGAUUUUGUGAUAAUGAUUCGAUGCCAACACCAGAAGAAUGUUCACAUUUAUGUCAACCAUUGCAAUCACUAUGCACAUUUGUCGGAUGGAUUAUGGGACCAAUUACGCAUGGAUUUUGUUUACGUUGUCAACAAUGCAAAUAA